GAGAGAGAGAGAGAGAGAGAAUGGGUGUAAAUUUUGCAAGUAAUCAAAUGGAAAAAUUGGAAAGUCUGUAUAUCCGGACAAACUACUUAAGUGCUUUCAAGUUUGCUCCGUUUUCUCCGCUAAUGUUGAGUAUUAUGGACUAAAAAUCAAUACUUGUAAUAACUGUUUGAUUAUUAAAUGGGCACAGUCUAGUAAUUGUGGGCUACAUCUUGCCGAUUACUCACCAAAGAGCUCAUCUUCAUUUUGAUCGUAGUACGUGUACUUAAGACAACACCUUAAAACAGUAAGGAAACCUGGUGGGUUGAAAAGGUAAGUGUACCUAUCUCUUGUAUGUCGUAAUUAAAAACAUCUACUUCCUUGUGUAUGAACGGCGUUGCAAACUUGACCAAUCAAGAAUAUUGGAGCAAGACCUUAAAAAACCCAGCAUCAGCUAUGUGACUCUGGAACUCGUGCGCGAGUGGAAGCUCAUACUAUAAACCCUAUUACAGAAUAAUAAAUUCGCUAGGAUUCUAAAAUUAUCCUCCCAACCACAUUUUCGAGCUAAUGUAAGAUUUGGCCUCUCACUUUGGUUUCCUUGAAAAAACAUGAAC